GCAAUAGGAUAGCUUGCCAGGUCCUAUAUAUUGCUUCCCGCCUAACAUCCGAAAACCCUAGCAACCGCCAACCGUAUCCUUGUUCCUUCCUUUCUUUUUAUUUUAAACCCUAACAACAACCACCUCCCCAUUUCUACCUCCAAAAUGGAACCCAAAACCAAUCAAUCAAACAUAGUCUUAAUCCUAGAUUACGGUUCUCAAUACACCCAUCUCAUCACUCGCCGAAUUCGCAGCCUAUCAAUCUUCUCCGCCUGCAUUUCCGGCACAUCCCCACUCAAAUCGAUAAUUGAACUAAACCCAUCUGUAAUUAUCCUCUCCGGAGGCCCUCAUUCAGUCCACGCGCCCAACGCGCCGGCUUUCCCAGAUGGGUUUGUUGAAUAUGUCGAGAAAAAUGGUAUCUUUGUGUUGGGCAUUUGUUAUGGGCUGCAAUUGAUUGUGCAGAAAUUGGGCGGGGAAGUUCGGGUUGGUGAGAAACAAGAAUAUGGUAAGAUGGUCGUUAAGGUUGUUAAAGAUUGUGUUGAUGGGUUGUUUGAAGGUAAGAAUGUUGGUGAUAAGCAAGUUGUUUGGAUGAGCCAUGGCGAUGAGGCGGUUAGGUUGCCUGAUGGGUUUGAAGUGGUCGCGAGGAGCGAGCAAGGUGCGGUGGCUGCGGUGGAGAAUCAUCGGAGGAGGUUUUAUGGACUUCAGUAUCAUCCUGAGGUAACACAUUCACCGGAGGGAAUGGAAACAUUGAAACAUUUUCUUAUUGAUAUUUGUGGAAUUGUAGCUGAUUGGAAAAUGGAAGACGUUGUGCAGAAAGAAAUAAGUGUUAUUAGUGAUAUGGUCGGUCCUCAAGAUCAUGUAAUAUGUGCCUUAUCAGGUGGUGUGGAUUCAACAGUUGCAGCUACUCUUGUUCACAAAGCAAUUGGUGAUAGGCUGCACUGUAUAUUUGUUGAUAAUGGCUUAUUAAGAUACAAGGAGCAAGAACGAGUGAUGGAAACUUUUGAAAAAGAUCUCCAUCUUCCUGUUACUUGUGUCGAUGCAUCAGUGCAGUUUCUCAGUGAGUUGAAAGGCGUUACCGAUCCUGAAAAGAAGAGGAAAAUCAUUGGGAAGGAAUUUAUUUCAAUUUUUGAUGCUUUUGCUCAUGAUUUACAGCAAAAAUUGGGAAAGAGACCUACUUAUUUGGUUCAGGGUACUUUGUAUCCAGAUGUAAUUGAAUCUUGUCCACCGCCUGGAAGUGGGAAAUCCCAUUCUCACACAAUCAAGAGCCACCAUAAUGUCGGUGGCCUUCCCAAGGAUAUGAAGUUGAAGCUCAUCGAACCACUUAGGAUUCUAUUCAAAGACGAGGUACGUGAAAUGGGUAAGAUUUUAGAUGUUCCAUUGACGUUCUUGAAACGCCAUCCAUUUCCCGGGCCAGGACUUGCAGUAAGAAUCCCCGGUGAUGUCACUCAAGGAAAUGCAUUGGAUAUCCUUCGUCAAGUGGAUGAAAUUUUUAUUCAAGCAAUUAAAGAUGCUGGCAUCUAUGAUGAAAUAUGGCAAGCAUUUGCUGUAUUUUUACCAGUUAAAACAACUGGUGUUCAAGGAGACCAAAGGACUCAUUCUAAUGCAGUUGCACUUAGAGCGGUUACAAGUCAAGAUGGCAUGACCGCAGACUGGUAUUACUUUGAGCAUAAGUUCUUAGACAACGUGUCAAGAAAAAUCUGUAACAGUGUUCGUGGGGUAAACCGAGUGUGUUUAGACAUUACAUCUAAGCCUCCAUCGACAAUUGAAUGGGAAUGAACCAGUUGCUGGCUUUAUGCAAGUGUGGGCUUCAGCAGGUUGAGUGACAACAUUUCCUAGAAUUGUUUAUGCAUAUUUUUGGCAGCUUUUAGAUUCUUGCAGGUUGUAAUGAGUUUUGUGCGAGAUUAUAACGUUAUGGAUUUUAAUAAAACGGUAUAAUGUUCUGUUA